UUCAACAGCAGGAGGUGACGUCAGAAUCCCGUAUUUUGCAGUUGAUAUAUGGAGUAGAAUAUUUAACCAUGUUCCUGACUUUAGUUUUCGCAUUUUCGGUGCCACCCCCCCCCCCGCAAAAUACUUUUGUUUUAACUUUGCGAGAGAGGCAUUGAGCAGUGAUAGCAUGACAAAUUCGUUUUGUUUUUCUUGAGAUUGGAAGGCUCCUAGAUCUCUCCUCGCAAACAACAGGGGAAGUGCCCCCUGUCCUUUGUCUGCUUCGGGUGUUUUUAAAGUAUUCGACAUGGGCAUUUACGGAUACAAUGGUGUUUUUCUGGUCAAAAGACCGUUUAAUGCAGUUUUUGAAAUUUCGAAUAUUACGAAGGCGAACCCUCAGGGAUGCGAUAACCGGGCUUUGACAAACAGAUUCGGAGUCUUGAUUCAAGGGUUUCUGGCCAUAGUUGCCUUCAGCACAUUGAUGGUGAAGAGGUUCCGUGAACCCGUAGGGAUCAGAAGACCGUGGAGGAUCUGGUUUUACGACACGUCCAAGCAGGCCAUUGGCGCUCUCUUCAUCCACUUCGCCAAUGUGUUCCUCUCCAACCUCACAGAACUGGACCCCUGUUCCCUGUAUUUGAUCAAUUUCCUGCUCGAUGCCACGCUAGGCAUGUUGGUCAUCUGGGCGGGGGUCAAGGUUGUCUCCAGGAUCGUGGAGUACAAGCAGUUCGCACUGCUCACCUUUGGAGAAUACGGUGACCCUCCCCAGGCCGCAGCGUGGCUCGGUCAGUGUGGUGUCUACCUUCUCAUCAUGGUCCUGGAGAAGAGUUUAGUCAGCUUGGUGCUGCUCAUUCCAGGAUGGACCAACCUGCAGUCUGUGUUGCUGGACUACAUCCCUAACCCUCAGGUGGACCUUGUGUUGGUCAUGCUCAUCGUGCCCGUCAUUGUCAACUCCAUCAUGUUCUGGGUGGUGGACAGUCUGAUGAUGAGGAAGUACAAGAGCCUGGACGACUCCUGUGACCCCUCGACCAAGGUCGUCUCCACGGUGCCGUGGGUUACUGGCAACGAGUCACAGAUCCUCUCAAGCUCUGUCAGGUUGGAUGAGGAGCGUGGAUGAGGAUCCUUUCAUCAAGGAUCUCUCUGUACUUUGCUCCGUUCAUCUUUCCCUCCAUCCUGAAUAGUCUCCCAAUCCCUGCUGCUGAAAAACAUCCCACAGCAUGAUGCUGCCACCACCAUGCUUCACCGUAGGGAUGGUGCCAGGUUUCCUCCAGACGUGACGCUUGGCAUUCAGGCCAAAGAGUUCAAUCUUGGAUUCAUCAGAGAAUCUUGUUUCUCAUGGUCUGAGAGUCCUUUAGUGGCCUUUUGGCAAACUCCAAGCUGGCUGUCGUGCCUUUUACUGAGGAGUGGUUUCCGUCUGGCCACUCUACCAUAAAGGCCUGAUUAGUGGAGUGCUGCAGAGAUGGUUGUCCUUUUGGAAGGUUCUCCUACCUCAACAGAGGAACUAUGGAGCUAUGUCAGAGUGACCAUCGGGUUCUUGGUCACCUCCCUGACCGAGGCCCUUCUCCCCCGAUUGCUCAGUUUGGCCGAGCAGCCUGCUCUAGGAAGAGUCUUGAUGGUUCCAAACUACUUACAUUUUUAAGAAUGACAGCGGCAACCCUGUUCUUGGGGACCUUCAAUGCUGCAGACAUUUUUUGAUAUUGUGUGUAGAUUGAUUUGGUAUUUUUUAAAUGUAAUCCAUUUUUAGAAUAAGGCUGUAACAUAACAAAAUGUGUAAAAAGUCAAGGGGUCUGAAUACUUUCUGAAUGUAAUAUGGUGGUUUAUUAUGCCAUAAAAGGCUUUCCAUAAAGCGUGUGAGGUUCUGGAAUUCCGCUAUGUUGUGAUUAUAUAUGGUGGAGCAGUGGUCUGGGAAUAAAGUGGAAUUUUAUAGCCUUGGGUUGGAAAUAACAGCACACCAGACCUGGACACAUCACCUCAUCCUGGCCGACAGCUGCUCACGUGUUUGUGUGACGGUGUCUCUAUGUUUGUGUAUCUGUUCUCUGACGUGUUUCUCCCU